GACAGCGUCCCGGACGCUCGCUUUGUGAACCUUUCAAUUUAUCUCGAUCGAACUUCUUCGGAACAUAAAUGAGUACCGACCGGAAAGCAGCUUCAAAUAUUUCCGAUUCGAAAAUGUGAAGUGCUCCAUCGUGAGGCGACCCGAUACAGCAACUAUUAUAUUAGUGCCCUGGAUUAUGCUGUGGAUUAAAGGAUUUGACGCUGAUUUAUACGCUCUUUAGUUGAAUUGGAAUUGAGAACUAGUAGGAGAAUGCUGGACUCCACGUGAUUUAUAAAGAGACCAUUUUAGUUCUAAGUGGAAAGUAAGAUCCGUAUCAAGAUGGCGAUUAUAAGCGGUCAAAGAUGCGUGCGAACGGGAGUCGUGGUGCUGGUCGCGGUCAGCGGCGCAUCUGCAAGAGUCGCUGGCAAGAUGGGCGGAUACUCAAAUAAAAUGGGAGGUAAAUCAACGAGCGGUAUCAAUGAGGAGAUCAUUUGGAUAAGUAUAAGCAUGGCGAUCGCCAUCGCUGUUUUAAUAGCGAUCGCACUCUGCUAUAUUCUGAAAGAGAAAUGCAGCAAAAGGCAGGCGUACAGAGAACAAUCAUGACGAUACAAGGAGGAGUUUGCAAAGCACGCGCUUGCAGACUCCCUCGCCGACGUCGAGUUUCCAGCCUAUACUCUAUACCCGCAGUACUCACCGGAUGGAACGGAAUAUUUCUAUAAUUUCCACCGAUUCUCAUAUUUGAGAGACAGUUUUAAAUUACCACCUAAGGAUUACCCGUCAUACGGUAAAGAAGAAAUAUACAUAAACGCGUGAUUUUGAUAUUAUAUGAGUGAGUUUGUAGUAACUCAAAAGAAAUUGUCUUAAUAAAUAAAAAAAUGUGUAUUCAAUGCCAAACGUAACUUGAAUUUAUUUAAAGAAAGGAAUCAAUGUGUAGAUAUAGCAUAUAUUUAAAAUUGUGUUUGAAUAUUAGUGAAUAAUUGUAGAAAAAAAUGUAUAUGUGAAAUGAACGACAAAAUUUUAAUAUUUACAAACAAUGAAUGAAUGUUCAACAGUUUUGUUCAUUUUUUAAAUACAAAUAGGAUUCUUACUGUGAUAGAAUUUUUGGACUAAAGGAUGUAGACAUCCUCAGAGAGGAUCAAAUGAUAGCCCAUGAAAGUAUUCAAAUAAAGCUUAAGCUUUCAAAAAAUUAUACUUGUAUUACAGGUGACCCAAAAAUACACUGAUAGAGUAUCACGGAAUUAAUUUUACUACUUAUAUUUUUACUCUUA